AUGGCAGUGGAAAAUCUCUCAAUUCCAGAUGACUUUCCCAUAAACCUCCUGCUUCGGUGGGUUUCCCAGCCCGCUUGGCUCCAGCUGCCGUCCAUGGCGAAGCGAAGCUGGCGUGAAGUCCAAGCAAACGGCCCAGUGCCGAAUGGUUCGGAGCAUGUUGGCGUUUGGCCUUUGGACGAACACAACGCCAAACUUCUUGAUGCAGUCCAUCCCCGCACUUGGGAGACACCUGAUCGUCCUGAUGACUUUGUCUACGACUUAGUGGCCGUGGGCGCCGGCGCCGGUGGCCUUGUUUCGGCCAAGCAAUCGGCGCGGCGCGGGGCCAGGAGCGCGUUGAUCGAACAGCACCUGGCAGGAGGAGAUUGCCUCAACGUGGGCUGCGUGCCCUCCAAAGCUUUGCUUCGCUGUGCUCGCGCCGUGGCGGAACUUCGGCGAGGCGAUCUGGGACUCAGUGACUGCACUGCAGCUGUGGAUUUUGGCAAAGUUAUGGAAAGAAUGCGACGCCUCCGUGCGGAGAUUGCCCCGGUCGAUUCGCAUGAAACGUCCCAGGCGGUGGGUGUCGAUGUCUACAUGGGAAAGGCGACCUUCGUGGGCCCCCACGAGCUCCGCGUCGGGGAGCGCCACCUGCGCUUCCGCAAAGCGGUCAUCGCCACGGGCGGCCGGGCGAAAGUGCCACCGAUCCCGGGCUUGGAGCAGACGCCCUUCCUGACCAACGCCACGCUGUUCAACCUCACCGCACUCCCCAAGCGUUUCAUGGUGCUGGGUGCAGGGCCCAUCUCUCUGGAAAUGGCACAGGCCUUUCGCAGAUUUGGUAGCGAGGUCACCGUGUUGGAAGUAGCUCCCGAGAUCAUGGGAGCUGAGGAUAGCGAUGCAGCAGCAUUGAUUCGUGAGGUCUUUCGGGAAGAAGGCAUCCAGGUCUUCACCAACUGCUCGGUCUCUUCAGUGUCCCACCGGUUAGAGUCUUCCAGCGGUGGGCCGGAGAUUCGACUGACGGUGGCGGUGUCGGGUGCGGCGCCUGUGGAGAUGGUUUGCGAUGCACUGCUGGUUGCAACUGGUCGGACUCCGAACAUCGAAGGCCUCGGCUUGGAAGCCGCCAACGUCGAAUGUUCCAGUGGCGGUGUCAAGGUCAAGGAUGACCUGACGACUUCCAAUCCGGACAUUUUGGCCAUUGGAGAUGUCAUUGAGCGCCCAGACACCAGAUUUACCCACAUGUCCGGCACGAUGGCGGGCAUGGCAGUGCAGACUGCCCUUUUCGGUGACAGCGAUGCUCUGCCGGUGAACGCCGCAUCACGGAAGCUGUCGCAGUUGGUGGUGCCGCGCUGUACCUACACUGAGCCGGAAGUUGCUUCAUGUGGUGUGUCCAAUGAGAAGCUGGCGAGCCGGGCCAAUUUGGAGGUGGAUGUGUUCAAGGUAAGCACCGAACACAAUGACCGUGCCAUCUUAGAAGGAACAACACGAGGCUAUGUGAAGAUCCUGUGCCGCAAGGGCACCGAAGAGAUAGUGGGGGCCACCAUCGUUGCAGAACAUGCUGGUGAAAUGUUGGCAGAGAUAACUCUGGCCAUCCAGCAUGGCAUUGGACUUUCUCAGAUUGCCCGCACGGUGCAUCCAUAUCCCACCCUGGGUGAAGCCGUACAGCAAUGUGCCUUGAACUACAACCGCGCCUCGUGGGCCAAAUUGGGCCGUCCCGGUGAGGCAGGCUACAAGAGUUAG